AUGGAGGUGUUUAAUAUGAUCCUUGGAAAGCAUAUAGGAGAAAGCCAAAACUUUAAAUAUCAUAAUAAGUGUGAGACUCUCAAAAUUUCUCAUUUAUGCUUUGUUGAUGAUUUGCUUGUCUUUUCUUAUGGUAAUGGGAAUUCGGCUAGAGUUAUAAGGAAUGCUCUUGAUGAAUUUAAAACAGUUUCUGGGCUGAAGGUGAGUACGGAAAAAAGCCAGAUUUACUUUAGUUGUGUUAAGCCGAAUAUGAGAAGGAUUAUCUUGGGUAUUCUUCCUUUUGAUGUUGGGAAAUUUCCAUUUAAGUAUUUGGGUGUUCCUAUGUGUGUUACUAAGCUUUUUGAUAGAGAUUGUAAAAAGUUGAUUGAAAAGAUUAAAAUGAGAAUUUUCAAUUGGAAAAGCAAAUCAUUAUCGUUUGCUGGUAGGUUGCAGCUCAUUAAUUCUUUUUUGACAUUUAUUCAUGUGUAUUGGGCUUCGAUUUUUCAAAUUCCCAUUGCUACUAUCAAAGAGAUUGAAAAGAUGUGUAGAAGCUUCUUGUGGGCAAAUGGUGAAAAAGUUAAAGGGAAAGCUAAAGUCAAAUGGAAUGAUAUUUGUAAACCUAAAGCUUAUGGCGGAUUGGGGGUUAAGAAUUUAAGGAAAUGGAAUGAUGCUUUGUUAGCUAAACAUGUGUGGAAUGUUGUUAAUAACAAAAAUUAUUUAUGGGUUCAAUGGAAAAAGAGCAUGAGCUGGACUUGGAAGAGAUUCUUGGAGAUUAGGAAAAUUGUUAGACCUCAUAUUGUUGCUUGUGUGGGAAAUGGGAGGAGCACUUCUUUAUGGCAUGAUUGGUGGCAUCCUUUAGGUAUUCUAUGUUCGAUCAUUUCGAGAAGAGAUUGGGUUAGCAAUGGGUUUAAUGACUCGUCUUUGGUUAGUGAUGUUCUUGUUUAUGAUACAUAUUUUUGGCUGGUUGAUUGGGUUGAUAAAUUUCCUGGUCUGAAGGAUGCUCCUAUGUUUUGUAUUGAGCCAAAUUUGAGGGAUGUUGUUGGAUGGAGAGAUAAGGAUGCGAGUUGUGUUGCCCAUAUUUGGAAGGAAAGGAACUCCAGAAUUUUUAGUAACAGGAGAAUAACGGCUGAGGGAUUGAUUGCUUGUGUUGAAAAUGAAAUCCGGAUGAAGCUGUUGGGAUUAAGGAAUAAGGCCAAGUUGGUAAAUGAUAAAGUCUACAAGGAAGUUGCUGCAUUGGAUGGAGAUGGACAUCAGUUAUACGAAGAAGGAGAAUUUCCUGUUGAAGACUAA